AUGCAGCCAAUCGUCGCCAUGCAGUAUUGGGCGGACAUAAAGUACAAGGCGCGCAAAAAAUCUGCAGCGGGUGGCGCUCUCGGUGACCUCUCCAGUGCUGAGGAACGGCUGCGUGGCAUCCUUGACAAAGGCGGCUCGGGAGGCGGCGGCAGCGGCGGCGGCAGCGGAGGCGUGCGCCGCGGCAGCCACUCGGACGAGGAACGUAAGCCGUCGCUGGCGCUGGACGACGACGCGUGCUCGGAAGGCUCGGGCGCCGGCGCGCACGACGCGCGUCUCGCCACCGAGGAGCUGCUGGCCGAAGCAGCCAUGCGCAGCGCGCUGGCCGCCGAGAAGCAGGCCGAGGCCGUCGCUCAGGGCGUGGAGCUGCUGCGCGAGCUGGUGGCGCUGGUCCGCGAGCGCGGGCUGUCGGCGCCCGUGGCCCCGGGGCCCCCCGUGGCUGUGGCGCACGGCCACGAGCAGCUGCACGCGCCGCUUCAUCAUCACCAUCGCCUAUGACGCGCUGUUCCGCCGAAGACUUCAUUAAUCAAUAAAACGGUCUCGACCGGAUCCUCCACAAUUUCUCUUUUUUUCCAGCCCACAGAUUAAUUACAUACUAUAUUAGUUUAUAUACGGAAAUUAGGUAAGAGACGAAACGCCGUGGAAACCCCGCAAUGUGAGACUGACUUUAUUGUCGAACGAGGGUUAAAAGAAAACACAUUAGUAAUCAUAGUAAUAGAUGCACAAUAUCUACAUAAUACACAAUCUUUCUCCCUAGUUUCUUACAACUUAAAUUACAAACCAGAUAAAUAAUGUCUAACUUAAUUGGUAAUGUUAAACAGCUAAUAACAAAAAAAAUAUGUACAAUGUGUUAAUUUGCAUUCUCGCCAUAUUUACAAAGGUCGUUCUAUAUCC